AUGAACGCGCGCCUGCAGGAAACAAGGGAAGAAGAGGGAGGUGACAGGGAGGUGAAAGCUCGAGCAGAAGGAGGCGGUGAAGAGGGAGGAGGUAUCAUCCUCGGACGUCAGCAGCAGGGUCGUUGCACCAAUUCGCACAAUUGGAUCGGCGAGGCGUCGGGUUACGCGGAUUUCGAGGAGCAACGUCACACGACGGCGCGGCCCGUCUCCUCGCGACAGCAGAUCGAUUUGUCUGAUUCGCCCAAGUUAGCCUCCCCGUUGCCGCUUUACGAUCCCGCGGCCGUGAUGCGGCCCGGCCACGUGAACAUCUCGGCUGACGCCGCACCCUCUUCCAGCGUUACGUCACACUCCGCUCGCGAUAAUGCCAGAGCGCGGGCUCGCGAUAUCGAGACGUCUCGUUGGACCCCGACGAGACUCCCGUACAGCCCGUCGUUCCCGGCUAGUUGCAACGUAACUCGUAAUAUCGCACCAGCGUCGUGCAACAACGUCGCCCUGGUCAUGGAGCAAGCGUUGUUUCGCGACGACGGCCAACCGUCGGUCGGUCCGCAGUUGGAGACCUGCGCGACAUCGAGCGCAUCGCCCUGGAGGAACUGUCCCCAACUGCUGAUGGGGCCUGUGGACGUAGAGGAUCUCGCGAUGUACUUCGACUCGGCGGACAACAGCAAGCCGCCGCCACCCCCGACUGGUAAUAGCGGCCGUGCGAUUUACUCGAGGAAGCCGAGAUAUGGCCAAGGCGCACCGAGGAUGGACAGUCAGUCGCGACAGGAUCGCCGCGAGCGACUCGAUGUGAGCUCGGGAAGCGAUCUGUUGGAUCCUUAUUAUCCGCGAUCUCGUUAUUUAGACCCUGGCGACUUGGGCUUUGCUGAUCUGCCACGAGCUUGUCAGGUAGCAGCGAACGAUUUGGAGAACGCUACGCCGCGAACUCUUGAAUCGAACGACCUGCCGACUUGCGGAGUGCUGUGCCCCGGUGGGUUGGUCGAGCCACUGCGACUUUGCGCGCCCCAUCCGGGCUUUUAUGAUCAACGGGCAACGUGCGACCUGAGACUCGGUGACCCGCGAUCCUGCGCCGCGGCGGCCCGCGAGCUGAACAUUCGCGAACUGGGGCGAGAUAAUCUAGGACACGAUGAUCCGGCUCCGGGCGAUUGGUUCUGCAACAACUGUCCGGAACUGUUCAAUUUCUGCAGCGAGGAACGCUGGCUGCAAUGCCCGGCGAGCGAUCGCUGUCCCCUUUACGACACCUCGUACGAUCACGGCGCGCCGCUCUUGCCGCCGUGCAUGCACGAGAACUUUCAUACGGACUGUAACAAUAACGAUAAUUGGUACUACGGGUACGCGGAGGACGAGCAGCUUCUCGAGGAUUAUCUGAGUAACGAGAAACGGAAGGAGAGGUCUCGCGAUGCAGCGCGCUGCAGACGUAGCAGAGAGACCGACAUCUUCACGGAUCUGGCGGCCGUUCUUCCAAUCGCACCGAAACAGGCGGCGAAUCUGGAUAAGGCCAGCGUCAUGAGAUUGGCGAUUGCCUACCUCAAAGUCCGGGCCGUUGUAGAUUCCAUUCCAGCUUCGGUGUUCGGCUUCAAGUCCGAAUCGUCCACGGAGAUGGACGAACUGUUUCCGAAAGCCCUCAACGGUUUCAUGCUAGUACUAUCCAGUGACGGCAAUAUGGUCUACUUGUCGGAGAACGUCAGCGAUUAUCUCGGAGUGUCACAAAUUGACAUGAUGGGUCAAAGUGUCUACGAAUACAGUCAUCCCUGCGACCAUGAUGAGUUGCGCGAGUGCCUCUCUUCAAAGUUGUCGGAGAAUAACGAGAAACGUGUCUGCAGCUUUUUUCUGCGGCUUAAGUGCACCCUUACGAACAAGGGCAGGAAGGUCAACUUGAAGAGCGCGUCUUACAAGGUGAUACACUGUACCGGGAGAUUGACCAGUAUUCGUGACUCCAACUCGAACUCCACGGAGAUCGAUAACGAGGAGCAAGGAAAGAAGGACGAAUCUAUGGAACACGACACAAACACUUCUUUGGUGCUCGUGGGUAGUCCUAUACCUCACCCCAGUAAUAUCGAGAUACCCCUGGGACGCCAUACCUUUCUGUCAAAGCACAGUCUCAGCAUGAAGUUUACUUACGCCGAUGAAAAAUUGGUCGAAUACCUGGGCUGGAACACCGAGGAGCUGAUGGGACGAUCAGUCUUCGAGUUCUAUCAUGCGCUUGAUAAUCUGGCGUUGGACAAGUGUUUCAAAUGUCUGUUCAGCAAGGGCCAGUGCGAGACCGUGGCGUACAGAUUCCUCGGCAAAAGGGGCGGCUACGCCUGGGUAGUUACGCAAGCCACUCUGAUCCACUGUUCCAAGCAGCAGAAACCGAUCUCCGUCGUCUGCGUCAACUACAUCCUAAGUGGGAUCGAACACGAGGAUGAGGUGUACAGCGAUCGUCAGUUGGCCGGACGUGACAGUGCCGACCUGGUGAAGUCAGAGAAGUCAUUGCCGGCGUUGGUGCCGACCACUGAGCCAACUGCGUUGCACGACGACGACGACGACAACAACAACGACAAGAAAGAAGACGCGGUGCCCGCGGACGUCGUCGCGGAACAACUGGCGAUCGUGGACGACGACGACGACACGCCGAGAAAGAGCGACCGAGAUCGUCCGAGGCCGCUCGCCGUCACAGCCUCGAUCUUCCAACGUUCGGCAAACGGAAACGAUACUUGCAAGAACAGCUCACGGAAGGACAACGCUUUCCCGAAAUCGCUUCAGGACGAGAAGGCCUUUGUCGGCGUGCAGGGUCUCAAGGAGUCCCUCGAGGAAUCGAUCAAGGAGUGGAAGGAGAACGACGAGCCAGCAGUGGCUGAGCGACAGGAGGACUGCCGGCCGUCAUUCGCGAGUACACCUUUCAUAUUCCAGGGUAAACCGGCAAUCGAGCGUGAUUCUUUGGACAAUCCCGGACGCAGAGGACGUCCGCAUGCGGUCACGAGGCACCUGUUUGCACCCCUCGCGCAACAGCAGCAGCAGGAGCAGCAGCAGCAACAACAGCAGCAACUAUCCUGUCGACCAUCGCCACAGACGGCCACAGCGAGCAUCUUCGCGCCUCGCACCGAGGACAUGAACAAGGGCUUCUUAACUUUCAGCGAGGAUCAGCCGGGUCUCACCAUGUUGAAGGACGAGCCAGAGGAUCUGACGCAUCUCGCGCCCACAGCCGGCGACGUGUGCGUGCCUCUGGAGGACACGCCUUUCUUAUCAGAUAUGUUGAACGAGUUCAUCCUUGACAACGACAAUUAUUGCCAGCUGCUGAGCCCCGGCGGAGCCCUGGCACCCGAACUGCGAUCAACCACAGAUCUCGGCGAAUCCCUCAAGGACACCGACCUGGUGGUGGACAUCACCAGAACCAAAGCUGCGGCUGAUCGUCUGGCCGACAGCGAUCCUUUCAUGUAUGGCGACUCACCCGAGAGUCCUUGCGGCAUCGACCCAAGCACUGUGUCGUCCUCCCUCUCAAAGUACCGACAGAGUCCUGAGCGCAGCGUUGACUCACUGGGUAGUCCUACAGGAGGCAGCGGCGGUGACGGACUCUCCGAGGAUGAGAUGCUGAUGUUAGGCAUCAGCGAUAGUAUAGGGGACGACGAGCUAGCGCUUAGAGCACCCUACAUCCCGAUGUCCGAUCAAGACGAGGCGUUGGAGUUACUCAUCAGCGACGAUAUGGUCAUGUGGAGUUCGUCACAGUCUCCCGACAAAGGAUCCUCGAAGUGGCUGUCCGACGAUCGGGAGCAACGCGGGGCCGACUCUAGCCUGGCGCAAUUGCUACGGACUGAGCAAAUGACGACGUCACGGCGAUACAACAUGUACGACUACGGCGGAAGUCUGGUAAACCCGGCACAGGUCUUCGGACAGAUACCCAAAAAGAAUGCAACUUUCGAGUCCGAGCGGUGGUCCACCAACCAGGAACGAACUUCGGACCGUCCCAGCAAGCGCAUCCAUGCGCCUUGCCUGGACUCGGAGAGCGAGCACAAGCGUCUCAAGUGCGGGGGCUCGCCGUUCGAGCGGCGCGAUGUCCUCCUCGCGGUGCGCCCCGAGAAUACCUCGCUGACGAGGCAACAACAGCAGUUACAGCAGCAGCUACAACAGCGGCCUUCGAUGACGUCUCGCAGGAAGCAAGGUCUCGGCGGCGCCUGCGGCAGCCAGUUGUUGCGUCGUCUGGUCUCGCAGACGCCGGGCAUCACGUCAUCGCGCACCUACAAUGAUGUGGGCGGCGCGUUGUCGUCGUCAUCGUCGUCGUCGUCGUCGUCGUCGUCGUCGUUGUCGUCGUCGUCGUCGUCGUCGUCGUCGUCGUCGUCGUCGUCGUCGCCGUCGCCGCCAUCGUCGUUGCCGUCGAACGGCGAAAUUGGCGAGCUGCGUCGCGACGCGCCGGAACGUGUCCGCGUUCUCGACGGCAUCAUCGACUCUCUCGCUGAGUCGAAGGGUGACCGCGGCGGGGGAGGUGGUGGAGGUGGGCGUCGCGACGACGGUCACGGUAAUCGCGACGGCAGUCUCACGGGCCUGGACAAUAUCGACGCCAAUCGGAGGAAUUCGUCCUGCGGCGUCGGCAGUAGCGUACUAAUGAAUCUCCUGGUUUCCGGCUGCGACGACACUCUGAUGGACUCGCGCAACGUGCCGACGUGCCUGUUAUCGAGGAGCUUGACGUCCCCGUUGUCCGUCAACGUGGACAAUCAGACGGUACCGCAGUGCACGGACGUAAACAGCGUCAUAUCUCUGGACCAGCUCAGCCCGGACACCAGAGGACACUUAAGUGGACCCUUCACCGGCGGUGGUGGAGGCGGCAGCAUGGUUUCGCCGACAACGUGCGCGAUGUCGUUCGACAGCUUCGACUAUGACGUCAGCGAGUCCGCUGCGUGUCUGCUGCAAGUAGGCCCGGAUCUACUAGGCGGCUUGUUGGACCGCAACGCGGUGUGAGCACGCGUAUAAAAUUAAUAACAUUGUUUUGAACGCAUCGGCGAGGCCAAUCGGAGAAAUUGGAAGCAGGCAAAUACCGCGGACAUGUGAAGCCUAAAUUUGACACUAGUCUGGGUCUUAUUAAGACUAGGCUCGUUGAGACUAAUUAAGUUUUAGGUCUUGAAAAUGGAAGAUUGCGAAUUAGAGAUUAGGAUUGGUGCUAUCAAUAUAUUUCCAACACCCGAAUGUUCUUAAAUUUUUGGGUAUAAAAAUAUCUGGGUUACAUUGACAGCAUUAAUUCGAAUUCGAAGAAUCAGCUAAUUUCCACUUUGCAAUUCUCUUCUUCCACCCUGCAAUUCUCGACUUUUAAGCUUCCUCACGGAGUUUAGGUCUUUCUCCACGGCUUCGAUUAAAUUAAGACGAUUAUUUUGGGAAAUGUGUUUAUAUUUGUCGUACACACUUAGCUCUUUUCUUCUUUUGUCGCCAAUAAAAGAAAUCUGAGAAUUAAGUGUUGCUGAUCCGUAAAUAUCUAGUUAUCUCUUCGGAACCUCUUGGAAUUUCAAAUUUACUUGUGAGAGAAAGACCGUCGAAAAAUUUUGCAGUGAAAUCCCGCUUCUAGUUUCUGCAAUACCCGAAUACGCGUCCGAUUGCCCCGGUGCAUUCAGUUCAAUGGCGUUAUCGUUUGCUACAUGUAUAAUCCAGCGGCAUGCGAUAGCGGAGCGCAGUUCGCGUUCACCAGUGUUCAAGCGAACGUUCGAUGAACGGGAAACAUGCAUGAGUCGAGACGCUUGAGUCUAGAUUUGAUAUUUUUGGAACGAUCUUUUUGUCGAUGAUUCUUUUUUAAAUAGCGACUCGACUGAUGUCAUCUUUAACGUCUCAUCGGUCGACGCUUUUUGCAUUCUUCUUAUUCGACGAAAUUUGUGAGCGCUGCCGAGGAAGCGAACGCUCGCCGAGUGUGCCAAUGCAUUUCCACACGCAAUUGAUAUUCGAAACAGAUUAAUGUAUGAACAAUAAUCCGUGUUUUCGCGCAACGGGCAUCGUGCGUUCGGCGAUAUGUAAUGCUUUGUUCUAAAAAAAAAAAUGAAAAUCAUAUCCUUUUAACCGAGUCGAGUAAUUAAAGGCUGUAUCGUUUUUGAUAAGUUUCAUCGUGAUAAAAACAGGAAUUCUAAGAUUUUCGGGCACGCCUAAAGCUUCUCUUUCUUCUGUCUUAUUAAUGUGAUUGUUAUUACAAUUGAAAAUGUAGGCAUAAUAAUGUAUGCAUAAUUAUCAAAAGAAGUGUAUAGUAACUAAGAUAUCAUGUGAUAAUAUAAUAAUGAUUGAACUUCAAUGUGCUCAAAAUUCGUGAAUAUUCGAGAUAAAGAUGUGACAAAAAAUAAUUAAUUUGAUAAAAAAUUGUAGAAAGAGAAAAUUGUUUCGUUGGGACGAGUAUGUGAUCAUUUGCAUGAUUUUUUUGAUAAAAAAAGAAGAAAUGUUAUAGCCUUUAUAACGGCUCGGCCUGUCUCUUCUAAGACGGAAUUGUAUAUAAACAAAUGCAUUUAUGCGCGUUCGCGCGUAAGUUUGCGUCUAUAUAUAUACAUAUUAGUUCAACUAAUAAUAGAAAAAGAAAGUGCUAAGUUACAAGUGAUGAAAUGAGGAAAUGAUUGGAGUCGUGAACAAAUGGUAACCGAUAAACUUGUCGCUUUAAAGUUUACAAAGUCGAACAAAAAAGUAAAAAUAAGAGCAGCAAAGAACAUAAUACGCAUGUACGACUUUUGAUUAUUUCUUUAUUUUAACGAGUGGCAAUAAUUGGCCAGAGUCGGAAAAUUACGAAUAUUUUAAUUAAAAUAUCGGUUACCGGAUCUUUCCAUAUUUGAUUACUAUAAAAUGUCGACAGAGCAUGACAAACCACGAUGUUGCUAUCUUGUCGCAACAUCGCUAAUCAGUGACGACGUCGAGACGUCGACUUCAUCAACACACUAACGUUUUGACAAUUAUGGUCGUUGUCGUUGUCAUUUUUUGUUACUGAUUGUUGUUACUGUUAUUAUAGUUUCUACUAAACUCUACCCUGAAUUAUCGACCGUCGUAGCAUGAUCGGUAUUGGUUGCACAUAAUUAAUUAAUAUUGUGUAAUUAGUUUUAUGUUUACUGCUGCAAUUAUUAUUGUCGUGACACAGAAAAGUAUACAUUAUUAUAAAGAUUUUAUUAUUUUAAUAUUUUAUUAUAUCAUGAAUCUAACUGCAUUGCAUAACAGUGUUGAAUACUCUCUAGAUUUUUUGGAGUGAAAUUUCACUCAGAAAGUGACCGAAUCAUUUGAAUUCGAGUGAUUUUUUACUCAUAUAGAGCCUAUUCUGCACUCUGAAUCGUCGAGUGGAUAUUUUCACUCGAAAUUAAAGAGUGAAUUUAAUAUAUACUUCACUGUUAUGUGCAGGAACAUAUUCACUCUAAUUGACUGAAACAUUCGCUCAUACGGAGUCAGAAUUCAUCCUAAACUUGAGUGAAACAUUUACUCACGCGAGUCAAGUAGCAGUAUUUUCACUAUUGCUUUGAGUUAAAAUGCUGCCAUUUUUCAUUCGUUUUGAGUGACACUCCAUUCAAAAAAAUUUAGAGAGUAAAUCGCAUAUUAUUACAGAUACGACAUGGAUAUAAUAAGGAAUGAAUAAAUCAUGUUUUUAAAAUCUG